CCGCCUUGCGGUUUUCUACUGUGCUGCCCUAUCGGGGCGGCGGCGGGCGCGCGGCGCAGGCGGCGCCCUCGGCGAUCCCACACCCACGCUGCCGUGCUCUGUUUUACUUCGGUGAGCCAGCUUAUCGGGGCCGCGCGCCCCUGCGCCAUUUAAGUGUUUCAGACUUGCCUCUCCUCAUUACCGAACGAAAAGUGACAGGAGGAGGACUCAUUUUUCUUCUACCAUUGCGGCGGCGCUACUGCCAAAGCCAGAGUCAUGGUGUUCUGGAAUCACUUUUAUCAGCCCGAGGCAUUUUGAUCACAAGGAGAGACGCUCGGCAUCCACAGACGAGUUUGCUCCGCCAACGUCGGUCCAGAUUUAAGGUUUCGAACUGAGCAACAUCUUGCUGUUGUGGGAGAAAAGAGCUCCACUUUCAGGAAGAUCUCUUAAGUUUUAUAUGGCUGUUUCAGAAUUUGAAUUGGAAUUCCAAUUCGGUUUGUGAGGUGCUUCUGUCGUUUAUUCGAUAAUGUUCUUCCUCUCCAGCGCACCCCGAAUCAGUGGUCGUCGACGGCUGGAUCUAUUUGAACGCUGGUGGCUGGAGUUUGAGCCGAUAAAGCAGUGGUAUGUCGACGGCGACAACGCGGGGGUGAGGCAGAGUGCACGGAAAAAGUGGAACCACUACGUGGCAAGUCCCCGGUGGAAAGCAAAGUGGGUUACUCAGGAACGUUAUCGAUAUCAAUUUCGAAAGCACGGCUACGACAUGGAUGUCCCCAAGUGGGGUGGCUAAAUGUAGUUUCUUGAAACCCGCGAAUAAAGAGCACCCCUCUAAUUCUCAGAAUGCCUACUGUAGUUGAAGCGUGAAGAUGGAAAAGACCUGUUGUGUGGAGACUAUGAGUUGGAAAGUGUUUGCUUCGUAAAUGUUGCGGAGAAGAAGAUCCUCCAUUGUUGUUGAGCGUUGCAAGUUGUUGGAUGUGCGUACUACGAGGGAUCACGAGUAUGACCAACGAAGGAUCUUGUCUUCCAUUAUGAUGACGAGAUCAGAAC